UGAAACUUAGUGUAAUUGUUUAUGCAAUUAUAUUAUAUACACAUAUGAGUGAAGUAUGAUGAUUUGUUGAUAAUACUUGUCUCUUGUUAUGUAGAAAAUGUCUGCGCAGAAUAAGAAAAAUAGGGCACAACAGAAAUUUAGGCAUCGAAAGGGACCAAUAAAUUUUGCAAGAAUACGUGCAAGAUUGGCUGCUUCUAAGGAAAAUAAUGAACCACCUACUCAAGCAGAAAUGUUUGUUGAGACUCGCCAAAGCACAAAGGAAAAAUCAUUGGAUGAAGACACUCUAGAUGUUAUUGCACAUUUGCAAGCUGAGAAUAAAAAGUCUAAAGAAUCAGCAAUUAGAGCUUUCCAAUCCAUAUUUGGGAAAGAGAAGGCAGGGAGAGUGCGAUGUCACGGAAGAGUUACCACACCAACUUUGUUGAAGAAAAAUGAAGAAACUGCCACCUUUAAGCAGCAACAUGCAACUGAGAAAACAACAUUAGAGAAUAAGGUUGAUGUGAUGCAAAAAGAAGUAGAUGAACUAAAAUUGCUUGUUAAGAUGAUGCUGCAACAAAAAAGCUCAGGAGUGGACCUUGACAUGUUAGCUGCUCAAUUAGGAAGCACUUUAGGCAAUGCGAACAAUGAUGCGCAUGAAGAGAAAAACUAUGUUGAAGGGGAAAUCGAACUUGAUUAAGGUCAAAUUUUUAAAAGCAAAUGUUACAGAGUAAAAGUCAUGAACUUGUGGACAUGAUGACUAUUUGCUACUUAGCUAUUUCAACUCUCUUUUAUUAUUAUAUUUUUUGCAAACUUAGAUAAUAUUGUGGAUCUUACAACAAUUUUUAUAAGUUAAAUUUGAUGGGAAA